AUGCCACUUUUGACUUUUGGCUUUAACGCGUUUCAACAGACAGGAGAUAAGAGUCAGUUGACAGUCGUGACAAAGCAUUGUCACUCAUAUGUCAAACACGUCUUAUUUACCAGUUGGGAAACCACCAUUGUACUUGACGAUCAGGAUCAAGUGAUCGUGUGGGGAUUUCAACCGUCAUGGUUUUAUAAAGUAGAAGAGCAAUGCAAGAACAAACAAAUACAUGCCAUCUUUGGGGAUCCCAAUAAAUUGCUUGGUAUAGUGGAUAGUAAAGGGUUCGUAAUCACCGUGACUGAACAGGAAACAAGGGUCAAUAUAUGUCUAGCACACGCUGUAGUUUAUUGUUCCCACCUGGAUUCCAUGUUUGUCUUAUUUGAUGGCACUGUACAACAAUAUAUAGGCGGUACAGUGCGUACAGUCAUGAGGAAUGUAUACCAAAUAUGUGGCUCCAAUACACAUGUUUUGUUUUCAACAGCAAAUGGUGUAUAUGGACUCGGAUCCAACCGUACAUCGCAACUAGGAAUGGAUUUUGACAAUCAUCAGGAAGUGACAGACCCUGUGUUAAUCGAUUUGUUUUGUGGUUUAGGAAAGAUCACAGAUAUGGCAUGUGGACGUUUUCAUUCUGCAGUGGUUGUGGAGGGAGAUGUGUAUACGUUUGGCUGGCAUAAGGAUGGAAGGCUGGGACGAGAUGAUAUGGAUUUGAUUGGACUCGCAAUGUUUCAAGUUGAUGGGGAGAGUAUAGAGGUGAAUGCAGUGCAAGUAGUAUGUGGAUCAUUGCAUACGCUUGUAUUGGAUGAUGCGGGUAAGAUGGAUAUGGUCAGCUGGGCCGCUCAGGUAAAAUGA